AUGAGCACAUUGGACCUCCGUUGUGCAGGAUUUCAUGCUCUCACUGGAUGUGAUUAUAACCCUGCUUUCUUCAAGAAAGGAAAACAAAGACCAUUUAUUAUUCUGAAAAAAAAAUACCAGUAUCAAGAAGCGUUCAUGAAAUUCGGUGAUUUGAAGUCAUUCACUGAUCAUGACAUACAGCAAGAUAUGUUCAACACGAUUCAAAAGUUCAUCUGCGAUGUCUACAAUGUGACUGAAAUAAUUGACGUUGAUGCUGCCCGGCUUCAACUCUUCAUAAAUAGUUACACCGUUUCGAGUGUAAAUGAAAAAUUUCAUCGUAAGAACAUAAAAAACUUCGAUGCCACUAAUUUACCACCUUGCAAAAGUGAACCUCUUCAGCAAUUCCGUCGAGCAAAUUAUAUUGCAAGUAUUUGGAAUAAUGCUAAUACAAAACUACCCAGCAUUUUCACUCCUGAGAACAAUGGGUGGACAUUGAAAGAGAACCAAUAUCAUUUUAACUGGUUCGAUGUUGAUCAAUUACCGGCCUUUGUCAGUGAAUCACUCCAGGAAGAUACAGAGAAAGCUGCUAGUGUUGAUAAUGAUGGUGAAGAUGAUGAUGAUUGA